UCUUCAUUAUUCUUAGUGAGGUUCACACAUCACACAUAUUUUCUUUGUAUCCUGUGAAGUGUACUGUUGGUUCUAAGUAAACUCGCUGCUUUUCGUUAUGCCUUUACAAGCAAUAAAAUAUAAGAACGGAAGGUUGGAAAUACUUGACCAGCUGCUGUUGCCCCAAUGCUCGAAAUAUACAGAAAUUAAAAACGUUUCGGACGGAUGGAACGCCAUAAAAUCAAUGAACGUGAGAGGGGCCCCAGCAAUUGCAAUUGUUGGUUGCUUGAGCUUGGCAGUGGAAUUGCGUCAAAAAAAUUUUAAUGGGAAACAGGAAAUGCUAGAAGAAAUCACAAAAAAAUUGGAAUACCAAAUAACUUCUCGCCCGACUGCUGUUAACAUGGCCAAAGAAGCCGAUGGUAUAAUAAAAUUGUGUGAACAACUGAACAAAGAUGAUAAAGUUGAUGUUGAAACUAUGAAGAACAGCUUAUUAGCAAAAAUAGAAGCUAUGUUGGAAGAAGAUAUUUUCAAGAAUAAAGAAAUAGGCAGAUAUGGUGCUGAUGCAAUUUUAUCUACAUGUGACAAUAAGAAAAAAUUGAAUGUGUUAACACAUUGUAAUACUGGCACACUUGCUACGGCUGGCUAUGGAACUGCAUUAGGAGUAAUUAGAAGACUACACGAAUUACAAGCAAUUGAAAGAGCCUAUUGCACAGAAACUCGCCCUUAUAUGCAAGGAUCAAGAUUAACUGCUUAUGAACUUGUUUAUGAGAAAAUACCAUCCACUUUGAUUUGUGAUAGUGCAGUUGCUGCUCUUUUCAAAGAAGUGAACAUUUCAGCGGUGGUUGUCGGUGCUGAUCGUGUUGCUGCAAAUGGGGACACUGCUAAUAAAAUUGGGACUUACCAGCUUGCAGUACUCUGCCAUUACCACGGCAUACCAUUUUAUGUCUGCUCACCCCUGAGUACAAUUGACUUUACUAUGGAGUGUGGUAAAUGUAUCAAGAUCGAGGAACGACCUGAUGCUGAAAUGACUGAUGUUUUAGGAAAAAGAAUUGCUGCGCCAGGUAUAAAAUGUUGGAACCCAGCUUUUGAUGUUACUCCAGCAUCUCUUAUAACAGGAAUAAUUACAGAAAAGGGGGUUUUCAAGCCUGAAAAUCUUAAAGAAUUACAGGGAUCUCACAAAAUGUAAUAGUCCUGUAACUUUUAUCGUUAUUUUUUAAUUAUCUCUGUGGUUAUUCAUUUUAAAUUAGUAGGUAAUAAUAAUGUGUUCAAUAAUAACCAAUUUAUAUAAAAGUGCACAUUUAUUUUAACUCACAUUAUUUUAAUAUUUGCAUAUCAUACUCUAUACACAGAAAGAAAAUUGAUACAAGUUUAUUUUAAACCUUUGUAGAAAAAAGGGCAGAUGUCAUCAGUAUAGAGUAUGUAAGACAAUCAAUGUGAAAUAAUUUUUGCAUCAAUAAAAAAAAGAAAAAUAAUAAUAAUAAAAGUGAUCCUAUAUUGGUUCAA